AUGAAGCGGCAUUUGGUGACCAACGUUUUGCUCGGACCUGAGGAGAAGAAGGAUCAGGUCCAAAAUCCUUCUGGGUAUUUGAAGGCUGCAAUCAAAAGAGAGACGCCACCUGCUGCAUCUUUUCAGGGCAAUGCCCACGAUGAAGGAAAGGUUCAUCGGCGAGCCAGCUGGCUCAAUGCCAACGUCUUUCCAGAUCGACCCAUUGACGAGGAGGCCAUUGCAAUGUUGAAGGCCUUGGGAGCUGCACGUGCCAUGGAACUAUUUAAAGAUAUUGAAGAGAAGAAGGAACAGGUCCGAAACCCCAGCGGCUACCUGAAGACUGCCGUGGCUCGGGAGCCGACGGGCCCGCCUUCGCCGAUGCGCUCGCAGCCCGCGGCCUUGGGACCGGAGGAGAAGAUCUACCGCCGUGGGUCCUGGCUCAAUGCGAAGGUCUUUGCGGACCGGCCCAUUGACGAUGAGGCGCUCGAGGCGGUGAAGUCCUUGGGCAUCCAGAGGGCCAUGGAGCUCUUCAAGGAUGUGGAAGAGAAGCAGGAGAAGGUUGCCAACCCGAGCGGCUACCUGAAAGCGGCAGUGGCUCGUGAGGGCUCAGCUCCUGCAAUGUCCACCUAUCCAACCUACCGCCAGGCUCCAUCGACGGAAGUGGAGGAGGAGAAGAUCCAAAAGAGGGUUACCUGGUUGACGCCCGGCGAUUGGCAUGGGCGCUCCAACCAGAGCUUUCAGUUCCCUGUCCUGGCCAUUGGGGCCAUGUUUGGCCUGGGCAUUGCGCGGGCCUUCGAACUCCUCAAGGAGAUGGAAAGAGGACAAGGUUUGGCGGCGAGCCUCUUGGAGGGAAGAUCCUCCUGGACGGCUGGAAGGGCCAUUUUCGUCUAUGCUUUGUAUCGGGGAGAGCCAAAAUAUGGUACAGUGGAUUCAGCCAGCUGGUUAAACAACAACGUCUUUCCUGAUCGGCCGAUCGACGAGGAGGCAAUUGCCGCCAUGUCAAGCCUCAAUGUGGCACGGGCCAUGGAGCUCUUCAAAGAGGUCGAAGAGAAGGCAGCAAAUUUGCGGAAUCCUGGCUGCUACGCUGGACAAGCUGCACAGGUCCGAGACUUGCUGCGUGCCCGGCUGAAGGCGGGCGUCAACGACUCGGCCACCGAGGAAUACAUCGACCAAUGCAUUCGGCAGGCGGAUGUGAACUCCGAUGGGAAGAUCGACAUUGACGAGUUUGUGCACCUCAUGGUGCUCCACCUGCCGGAUGCGCGCAUCGCCGCCGAUACGGAGUUCGUCACGGACCAAGCGCAGUGCCUACGGGAGUGGUCCCAAGAGAGGGCUCACCGCUUGCUGCAGAUCAUUGUGACGACAACCUUAGACCGUUCAGCCGUACAACGGUGGGCAUUGUGCUUGCUGACCACCCUUGGUGCUGGCAUGCUUGAAGGCUUCUUGCUCGUUGACUUGAGCCAUGAAAAGGCCUUGAACUUUGUGCUGCGCUACGCUGCGGAGCAGCUUUUACCUUCGGUGGUGUGGUGCACUCAGGAUGCGUCCCUGGUGUGUGAAGCCAUGGGCUUUUCACCGGAGGAUCUCUUGAAGCGCCUUGAAGGGACUGCCAAGGCCUCGACCCUGCUAGCGGUCGGUCAAUGCCAUGCGGUCCGCAGCGUCUCCGCGGGCUUUGGCUUGUUGGGGCAGCUCUUUCAGUUUGCACAGAUUACCAACAAUACCUUUAAGCACUUCAAGGAGAAGGUCCGGGCAGGUCGCGAUGUGCCUUUAUCCUCCGGCGCGGAGGAGCGCGUUAUCCGCCUUUGUGGUGACUUCUCCUAUGCCACCUAUGCCACUGUCUCUAAGAAUGGUCGCUUCCAUAUCCUGCCUGUGCUGGAUUCCUCGAACAUGCCCAUGUUGGCGGAGCGGGUCACCCACGGCUUCAAGUAUCCACUCUUCUUGAGUGUGCCACCGAAUCUUUGGGGCCAGCCUGAUGUGUGGCGACCACUGCUGGGCGCAGCCGUGCAGCCCAGCUGGCUGUUGAAGGGACUCACUGAGCAGAUCCUUUGUAUCGAAGUGGAUGGCACCGCUAGACACGAGAUUUUGCUCUUUGGCAAAGUGCGGAAAAUCGGCAUUGAGCAGGCGAGCAACGCCUUCCGCGGGAUCUCCUUUGUUUGUUUGCGGAGCCUGCAGCAACAAGGGCUGGACACCUCCAAGGUGAAGCUGCUGCGAGUUUACCUGGGAGAUAGCCAUGAACUCUCAAGCACUGGAGCUGGAAAACGCUUCACCUGCCGCGAGCGCUUCGAAUCUAGACGGGAGGCGGAUGUUCUGGUGGACUUCCACGCGCCGAUUGUGCGUCGCCUUCGCCUGUGGGCAUUGGACAGUGCCACGCUGGUCCCAGUGGAAGACCACGAGGAUGCGCUCCCGACCUUUUGCUUCGAAACCACCUCGACCGAACGGUUCCAGAACCUCGCCCACCUCAUGCGUGACACAGCGCAUGUGGUGGAUCAGGUCUCAGCUGUGAAGCUCUGCAAGACCUUGGGGGCUCCCUUGCCACGGCUGAUUCACUACCCCUCGACAGCCGAGACGGUGAAUGCCGCCUAUGCCCUAGCUCGGCCAGGGGAGGAGUUCUGUGACCCCACACAGACCUUGGUCUUGUGCGAGCGAGAGUGGGGGGCGAAAGAGAUCCGGAAGCUGAAUGCCGGGUUCAAGGUCCUCUCCGCGGCGGAGAUCAUCGACGACCUGCUGCGGGAGGUCCGGCAAUGGGCGCGCCAUGGCUUCACAGGACCGGAGAUUCAGGCCGAACUGGACCGGCGAGACCUGCAGACGCUGAAGGUCGUGAGGAGCGCCAUGCAUGCAGCGUGCAGUGCGGAACAAAAAGGAGAGAGCGAGGUUUCUGGGGCUAUGGGGCUCAAGGGGCUUGGUGAGAUCAGAGAUACUAUCAGGCUUUGGGUUGACGUGUGA